CGGAGGAUUUUUUCUUCUUCCCAGCCUUGCACGUUUCUGCUCUUUUUCUCCCCUGCAGCUCUCGAAAGCCCCCAAGCUGCCAACUUCCAUACUUGAAAGAAAAACUGGUAGGAAGCUUGGUAUUUUCCCCUUCCUUUCUUGUUCUAGAACACAUAUAGAAUCCAGAAAUUCCCCCCCCCCUUCUGCAGAAAUCCAGAUCUGCUCUGCUCUGCUCUGUCCGUCCGGUUGCUGCUUUUGCCAGUUUGUGGGUGCGAAUUGCUUUGAUUUUUCGAUUUCCCGAAAUUCCCCUUGCACUGCCGCUGGCUUCCCCUAGCUUGCAGCUCCGGUUUUUGCUGCUAAAUUCUGGUGCUGUUAUGGCUUAGGGCACUGGGAUUGGGUCUUCGGUAUUACGGAGUUGAGGAAGCGAAGUCAAGGACGAGGAAAAAUGAGGGGAGUGAUGAGUUAGAAGGCUAGUCAUAUUGUAAUUGGAUAUGAAAAUUUAGAUAUAAAUUAUGAUCUUGUAAGCUAUACUUUAUUUGAAGAUUUAUGAUAUCAGGGCGAAUUUUAUAAUUUUAUCUUCAGAUUUUGGUGGUAUCAGAUUGUGGUAUGAUAAGUUUUGUGCCUUGUGCAUUUGUGGGACCUUCUCACAAGUGCACGACGUCUGCUAGAACACCUAUUAAACCCAGAAUUUUUCCAGAUCUGCUCUCUUCCGUCUGCCGCGAGCUCCCUGUUGUUGGGUGGGUGAAAUUUUCGGUUAUUUUGGUUCUUCUCCAAUUCCCGCCAGCCUUUGAACCCGCCAGGCUCGGUUUGGCUUGCCAGAAUUCUCUGGAGGGGAUUCGGCAGUAAAUGGGACCAUGAUUUUGCUUAAUUCAUGUAGGAGUUAGUUUAAGUAGGCUGUUGUGAUGUUCUGGAGAGAAAAUCCCAUGUGUGUGAGUUGUGGUUUGCCAAAGCCAUGCUCUCCGUGUGCUGCCCGUGAGAAAUGGGAAAAUUUUAUGUGUAUUAUGCAACAUAUAAAUGCACAAUUGAUUU